AUGAAUGAGUUGAAUGUCUCCAAGCUUAUAGCUUCUUGCAACUCUUUGGAGGAUGCGAAGGCUUUGCAUGGACAAGUUGUGAGGCAAGGUUUGGAUCGCCAACUUUUCAUUGGCACUGCACUUGUAAGAAUGUACGGGAGAUUGGGCUGCGUGGAGGAGGCUAGGUGGAUUUUUGAGAAGAUGCCGGCGAGAGAUGCUGUGGCCUGGACUGUGAUGCUCUGGGUAUAUGCCCACGCAGGGCAUCUUGAGGAAUGUAGGAGGACGUUUUAUAAGAUGCCCAGGCAGGACGUGGUGGCCACGAAUGUGAUGAUCCGAGCUUAUGCCCAACACGGGUGUAUGAAAGAAGCAAAAAUACUGUUUGGAAAUAUGCUUGAACCGAGUGUGAUGUCGUGGAACUCUAUGAUUUCUGGCUACUGCUUGAGUGGGUCUUUGGUAGAAGCCCGAGAGAUGUUUGAUCGCAUGCCUGCGAAGGACGUGGUGACAUGGACGAUACUGUGCCGUAGCUACGCGCAGCAUGGUUACAUUUGUGAGGCAAUGAAGCUAUUCGAAAAUAUUCCAGAGAAAAAUGUUGUUUCAUGGAACUCCUUAAUUUCCGCUUUUGCCGAAACGGGGAAAAUGCAGUACUGCGUCGUCUUGUUCGAGAGGAUGCCCCAGAGAGACAUUGUGUCGUGGAGCAUCUUGUUUUGGGCAUUUUAUCAUUAUUUUGAAAAUUUUGAAAACGCAGAAAAAGUUUUUAAUGACAUGCCCGAGCACGAUGUAGUGGUGACAACCGCGAUCAUGGAAGCAUAUGCCCGGUGCGGGCAUCUUUACCGUGUGGAAGAAAUGUUUUCAUAUAUGCCGUUUCGAAGCGAGGUGUCUUGGAAUGUGUUGGUUCUCGCGCUCGUCCAGAGUGGCGAGCUAGAUCGAGCACAACAAACGCUUGAGUUGAUGGACGGACAAAGUCCUCACGUCUGGAACACCGUACUUGCGGGGAGAGCUCGAGAGAACCAGAUUGAGAAAACCCUUUACUUGUUUAGACUCAUGGACCUGCAAGGGCUGAGAGCCGAUCACGUAACAUUUGCGAGCGUUUUGGGUGUUUGUGAGACUAUCUCGUCUCUCGAGUUGAUCCGCGCGGAGGUCACCAGCAUUGGAAUUGAAACAAAUGUGGUUGUUGCGACGGCCUUGAUUGAUGCUUAUGGUAGGGUCGGAAUGAUUGAUGCCGCGAGGAAUUGCUUUGAUAACAUUGCUCAAAAGGACUUGUUCGUGUGGACUGCGAUGCUUGGGGCAUUUGCUAAGGUAGGGGAUAUUUCCUCGGCGGUCUCCGUGUUUGAGAAUAUGCCCCAGCACAGCAUCGUCUCUUGGAACUCGCUUCUUUCCACGUAUUUGAACGCUGGGUAUUUCGAAAAAGCACGGGUGCUGCUCGACACAGCUCCCGAGCGCCGUGUUUCAACAUGGAACGUUUUGAUUGGAUCAUGCGUCAAGAAUGGUCGUGCCGAAGAUGCAAUCUCAGCGUUUCUGGAAAUGGAGUCUAGAGGAAUUCUUCCAGACUCUGUCACUUGGAUACAACUUUGCGGAGCUGGGUCUCUUCUUCACCAAAGCAAACUUGUGGCAAAUCUGAUCACAAGAAAUUGUUGGAAGCACGACGUGAUGGUCAGUACUGCAGUUAUCGACAUGCAUGGGAAAUGCUCUGAAUUACAGGCUGCCGAAUUUGUGUUUAGCACGAUGCCUGUUUGUACCACUGUGUCUUGGAAUGCCGUGAUUGCGGCCUAUGCUCGGAAUGGAAACAUUUGCAAAGCAUUGGGCUUCUUUAGGGAGAUGUUUUUGGACAGUGUUCCUCCAAACGAGGUCACAUUCUUAGUUCUCAUGAAUUCAUGCAGCCAUAGAGGAUUGGUCCCUGAGGGCAUGAAUUUGUUUUAUUCCCAGGAGCUUCCUAGUUCCAGGUCUAUGCAUCACUCGUGUGUAGCAGACCUUAGUGCAAGGGCUGGAUGGGUAACGCUUGAUGCAAGUGAAGAAAAUAUUGGGGCUUGGACUUCUGCAUUGGCAGCAUUUAUUCGCCAAGGGGACUACAUGAAUGGGGUGGAUGUGAUCAGACGUAUUGUAACACUAGGUAAUGCUAAAUAUGCUCUGUUAAUCUCAAAUCUUUAUGCUUUGUGCAGAUGA